CAUGCAUACACACACCCGCUGGAAGACAAACGCUCCGGUCCUCCUCCCACCUCCCCACAGCUCCUGAGAGCGGCUCAAAGAACGGGAACUAUCUUCUUUUUUUUUAUAACCACAUGAAUGGGACUUUUCCCUGCGCUGGAUCCCGAGUCUGUCUCUGUGUGGACGCAGACAGAAGGACAGUUUUUUUUUCCUAUAGUCAAACCCGGGGUGGAAAAGACGCAGCAAUGACAGAGCAGCAGUCGUGCGCAGCGGCAAAAUAGAGCAACUAUUGUGGGGACGAGAGAUUGAUAACACAACUGGGCGAGCUACGAAAGGGCGGCAGACGUAAUUUCCAAACGUUGCAGCUGGCUUUGUGCGCUUGAUAGGCUGUUACUGCGUUUUGCUUUUCAUCAUUGACUCCUUCAACAUUACUUGGACGGCUGUCCGUGCGGGAGUACCGCUGCUGCUGCAGAGACUGACGGGGAAUGCCAUGUGUCGUUGCGCGACAUAGAAGCUCUUUGUGGGUUGUUUUGCACCGGGGACAGGUGGUGCCCCGCGCGUGUGAGUGUGUGUGUGUGUGUGUGUGUACGUGUUGCAAACUAGCAGGGGGCAGAAACACACAACCCCUGAGACAGUUGUCAUAGGGAUGUCAGGCCGGCGUACAGGAUCAGUUUUUGCCAGAGACAGGUGCGACAAGGAGGAGUAGUUUACAAAGCCAUGCACGGGAUCUGGUAAGCUCCUCUACUCGGAUCACACUGGGAAUUUUUUUUUUUUUUUUUUGUAUCCCGCGGGACACACAACCUACUCAAACUGCACCUUUUACCCAAGAUAAUCAAAGACUCUGCCGUUCUGUUGCUAUGGCAACCGUGGCCCCUCCCUCCUUCUUCCUCCUGCUUUUUUGUCUGCUCCAGACGACCAGCUCGGCUUUUCCAGAGGAGCUGGGACCCCUCAACUACAUCCCCACAGAAGUGGUGAGAAGACAUGCAGUGUUUCUGGGCCGACCUCAUCGAACAUGGCUGAGACAAGAACCUCUACACAUCCAGCGGGUCCUCCAAGUGAACCGAACACUCUACAUAGGAGCUAGGGACGACCUUUUCCGUGUGGAGUUGGACAUCGUAGCAGGAGAUGAGAUGUUCUACAGCAAGAAGAGAACGUGGGAGUCCAACAAGAAUGACAUCAGGAUCUGCAGGAUGAAGGGCAAGCAUGAGGAUGAGUGUCGAAAUUUCAUGAAGGUGCUGCUCAGCAGACAAGGCGGCUUGUUUGUGUGUGGGACGAACGCCUUUAACCCGCUAUGUGCCAACUAUACGGGAGACACUCUUGAGAUGAUAGCAGACCCGGUCAGUGGAAUGGCGAGAUGCCCGUAUGAUCCUAAACACGCCAAUGUUGCUCUGUUUGCAGAGGGGAAUCUGUUUACAGCCACAGUGACAGACUUCCUUGCCAUCGAUGCGGUGAUCUACCGGAGCCUUGGGGACAGUCCUGCUCUGCGCACCGUCAAGCAUGACUCCAAGUGGUUCAGAGAGCCGUAUUUCGUCAGUUCUGUGGAGUGGGGACCUCACAUCUACUUCUUCUUUAGAGAGAUAGCCAUGGAGUUCAAUUACUUGGAGAAGGUGGUAGUGUCACGUGUGGCCCGAGUUUGUAAACGGGAUCAGGGCGGGUCCCAGCGCGUCCUGGAGAAGCAGUGGACGUCGUUCCUGAAGGCCCGUCUGAACUGCUCCGUCCCCGGUGACUCCCACUUCUACUUUAACCUGCUGCACUCCACCAGCCCCAUCAUCAGGAUGCACGGCAGGGACAUAAUCUUGGGGGUGUUCUCCACACCGGCUAACAGUAUCCCAGGAUCGGCCGUGUGCGCUUUCGACAUGGAGCAGCUGGCCUCGGUGUUUGAGGGGAGGUUCAAGGAGCAGAAAUCACCAGAGUCUAUUUGGACGCCAGUUCCAGAUGAAGUCAUCCCAAAGCCGAGACCUGGGGGCUGUGCUGUUCAAGGAUCCAGGUUUAAUUCCUCCAACUCAUUUCCUGAUGAGAUGCUCAACUUUGUUAAAACCCAUCCUCUGAUGGAUGAAGCUGUGCCGUCGCUCGGACAAAGACCGUGGAUAGUCAGAACCAUGGUCAGGUAUCAGCUGAAUAAGAUGGUGGUGGAUACAGAAGCCGGACCUCAUAGAAACCGGACCGUCCUGUUUCUUGGGUCAAGCAGGGGGACCAUCCUGAAGUUCCUCAUCAUGCCCAACCAGGAUAACACCGUCACUAACAGCAACAUCUUCCUGGAGGAGCUUGAGGGCUACAACCCUGACAAGUGUGCUGAAGACUCUCCACAGGCCAGGCAGCUGUUGUCUCUAACUCUGGAUCGAGUGAGCCACACUCUGCUCCUGGCCUUCCCCUCCUGUGUGGUCAGAGUACCGGUGGCACGAUGCCAACUCUACUCCAGAUGCAUGAAGAACUGUAUCGCCUCGAGGGAUCCUUACUGUGGCUGGACCAGAGGAAGCACCUGCUCUUUCCUCAGACCUGGGACCAGACUGCCGUUCGAGCAAGAUGUUGAACAGGGAAACGUGGCCCACUUGGGUGACUGUGACGGGAACCUGCUGCAGGAGAGUUUCAUGGAGGAGCCCGACGGCCUGGUGUCUGUAAACCUGCUGGUGGUGUCUGCGGUUUCAGCUUUCGCCACAGGAGCCGUCCUCUCUGGCCUGAUCGUCUGCUGGAUCAUGAGUCACCGCCACCGCCAUUCACGAGGGUCGGGAGUCAAUGGUGCUCGUCGCAAGAGCGACAAAGAGCAGAGCAUGCUGGGGCAGGGUCGCAGCGGGUCGGUAAUGAGCGUGACUAGAACUAGUGGCGGCGAGAGGAGGCGAUCACAGGUGGACAAUCCCUUUGUGAUGCCAAACGGAUGGCCUAAAGGAGAGAUGGAUCCUGGCUUGCUACCCACUCCUGAGCAGACCCCACUGCAGCAGAAGCGAGCACUGCGUCUCCCCGACACCGACUGGGACCAGAGCCAGACCUUCCUCACUGCCGUGGGGACCACCUGCCCCAACAACUCGGUCAUCUACCUGAGCUCCAAGUUCCUUCAUGGAGGUGGAGGAGGGGGAGGGAUGGUCCGGAUAGAGGACCCAGGGGAGGUCAUGCUGCCCCCACACACCGAGCGCCAGCGGUACCUGAUCCUCGCCACGCAGAGAGGGGAGCAUGGCAGUGGUCGUGCCAGCGGCAGCCUGAGGAACUCAGCGGGAGAAUACAUCUACCCUGCAACGCCGCAGGACUCCCCCGACCGACGGAGGGUAGUGUCCGCUCCAACUCCUCACAUGGACUAUGGGGAGCCUCGCUGGAGUCACGAGGCACUCAACUACAACAGCAACAAUGGAGCACCCUACCACCCCCAACGACAGGGCCUGAUCAGGCCCGACAUGCACGGGCCCAGAGGGCUGGGAGAACUGGCGGACUUUAGCCACCUCAUGGGGAAGAACAUGGGAGAGCGCAACCCUAGUGGCCAGUGAGGGAAAGUAAUUGAGCUCUCUCUGAAUGGUCAUUCCCUCCACAGCAGACUGGAAUAAAUCCACCCCACAGACUCCCAGUCCAACCUUACCCUGUCUGUCCUCUCUCACUGUCAUUCAAUGUCCUGACGUCAUUCAGCAGACUGAAGAGAGAGACAGAGAGAGAAAAGAAACAAAGAGAGAGUCGAAAGAGA